GCCCCAGAACCCGCAAAGCACAAAGCAUCACACUUGCACAGUUCCUCCACUGUCUACUACUACUCUACUCCACCCUCCUCCCUCAAGGCCCCCAAGCCUCCAGCUUCACCGAGGCGUACCGGCACCGGCAGUGAGCAGCUGGGAGCUAUGGCUCCGCCGCUACUGCUCGUCUUCCUCCUCCUCCCGGCCCUCGCCGCCGGUCACCAGCAUCCGUCCUCCUUCGGCUCCUCCGCCCUCUCCGAGUGGCGCCCCGCCAAGGCCUCCUACUACGCCGCCGACCCCGAGGACGCCAUUGGUGGGGCUUGCGGGUUCGGGGAUCUGGGGAAGCACGGUUACGGAAUGGCGACGGUGGGGCUGAGCACGGCGCUGUUCGAUCGCGGAGCGGCGUGCGGCGGCUGCUACGAGGUCAGGUGCGUCGAGAAUCUCAAGUAUUGCCUCCCCGGCACCUCCAUCGUCGUCACAGCCACCAACUUCUGCGCCCCCAACUACGGCCUCCCCGCCGACGCCGGCGGCCACUGCAACCCGCCCAACCACCACUUCCUCCUCCCCAUCCAGGCGUUCGAGAAGAUUGCGCUCUGGAAGGCCGGCGUCAUGCCCAUCCAGUACCGCCGUGUUAAGUGCCUCCGUGAAGGUGGUGUCAGGUUUUCUGUCAACGGUCGACACUUCUUCUUCACAGUCCUAAUCAGCAACGUUGGUGGCGCGGGUGAUGUGAGAUCGGUGAAGAUCAAAGGAACGGAGUCAGGAUGGCUCUCGAUGGGCCGCAACUGGGGUCAGGUGUGGCACAUCAACUGUGACAUGAGGGGCCAGCCCCUGUCCUUCGAGCUCAGCUCAAGUGAUGGCAAGACACUGACCAGUUUCAAUGUCGUGCCCAAGGAUUGGGAAUAUGGUAAAACAUACACCGGGAAGCAAUUUCUGCUGUAGAGGAGUACCAAAAGAUCAGCUUACGGUUUCUCAUUUUUGUUCUGAUCCUACGAGUCAGACUGGUGUAUAUUCCUGCACGGAACAAGCAAUAUCAUUAGGAGAAAAUUGGCCUCAGAUAGUUGCUCUUGCUCAUAAAUGCAUUUUCAUGUACCCCCUGAUAGUUGCUCUACAGAGGCUUGAUGUAUCAAUCAAAAUAGAAGGCCGUAUUUGGGUCAUUGGAUGUCUCCACUGUAUAACAACGUUUUACCAGGCAAGCAAUGAUAAUAGUAUCUCUGCACUUCUGUA